UUUGUCGACAAUCAUUGACAAGUUUAUCCUCUUCGGGCGGUCGAUAUCAGCGAUGGGUUAAUCUGAACAGCUUCGUCAAAAGUUACAGCUGUUGAUGAUGAUGGAAGAAGGAAGCAUCGUCCAUCAAGGUCCCCGCAAAAAGUCGUCGUGUGGAUCGCCCAAACGAACGGUUCCAGAACUUCCAGCCGCACAUCCCUGCCAGGGGCUCCGCCUUCGCCCUAUUUAGAAGUAGGUCCGGACAGGUGGCCCGAGCUUGUCAGGACACGACACGGGGGUCACUUUGGCUUCAAUUCAGAGGUGAUGACAUCUUUAUUUCUGGCAGGCAACUCACAGCGUACUUCACACAUACCAUCUCGCAACACCAAAUCACCCCAAUACUGUAUCACACCAUAAAAAUCUGAAGACAAUCGAUAAGAAUAAAACCGACAAAAUGUCCGCCCUUUUCAACCUCCAGUCACUCCUCCUUGUAAUCCUCCUCCUAAUCUGCACAUGCGCCCACGUCCACCAAAUCUUCCCCGCCAUCCUCGACAGAAACAAGACCGGCCUUAUGGGUGUCUUUUGGAAGUCAGCCAGGAUCGGUGAGAGACUGAGCCCGUACAUGAGUUUGUGGUGUCUCUUCAUGGCUGGCUCCAUCUUCCUCAGCUCUUAAACUAGCUUUGAUGGGAGGGAAUCAGAUUGGUGGUUUAGGUAUAUAAUAAUUGCCUUUGGUUUGGCGAUGUCACGGCGUUGGGUUUUGGUUUCUUCUUACACAACACUUACACCAAGCAGUAAUGAGACAGUGGUGGAUAUGCGGUGGGGAGACCGGUUGUUUGCCUUGCGCAGGCAUGAUAAUGAGGACAAGAUCAUCAAAAGAGAAAACUAAUUUAAAAUUUCUCAACAACCAAUUCCCAGACUCUUUCACGUUUAUGCCGGCUCUAGGAUAUUUGUUUCUUGUUUCUUCACGAUAGUUGUGGGUUGGCUUCCUUCAACGGUAUGCGUCUUAGGUGGCCUUCUGGAACUGGACAGGACAUAACGACAAUAUCAGAUAGGAAAAUGAGAUGGGCCUCACCAACACCGGCCAUCUAAACUCAUAUGAUAGAAAUGGAGGGUAGUGUACAUAAGCGAGGCCUCUCCACCAUCUUCCCCAGACCAACGAUCGCCAAUCCGUUUUGCUGGCCUUUCCGAG